CACCGUGAAAUAGUAGUGCAUAAAGAAUGAAAUGAUUUGCGUGUCUCUUUCAGGAACUCCUAUACCGGGUGGAAGGAAGUUGGAGUUGACGCGAGAGAACUUGACUGCUUUCUUCUCAAAUCAUGGUACUCCGAAGCAGAAGACUCAGCCUCCCUCUGUGUUCAGUCGUGGCAGUAACCAGACCAGCGGCGGCAGAGGACCAGUGAAGAUGAGCUUUGAACCGAUUCAGAGUUUUUUGCGGGAGCUGCCGAAAGAAGGCCAUUCCAUUAACCUUAUUAAGAAGGACUCGGAUCGGUCACAGACGAGACCAGAAACACUGAGGCGCCGGGACUCCCCUGACAAGCCUCAUUCCCGCUCGCUGUCACCUCCGGAGAACGGCUUCAAGCAUCUGGAGUCGCGGCUCUACAGCAGCCAGGGCAGGGGUCCGACGAAAGCCGAGCGCUGGCCUGUUACUAACACUCAGUACAGCCACGAGCCCCGCUCUCAGUCCCAGCCUCAUCCCCCUGGAGAGAGCCGCUCUCGGAGGCUGGAUGUGGCCAACGGCUACGAGACCGACAGCAGUCAGGACUCUCGGACGUACAGCCGGCCGAAUCGAGCGUGGAGGCCGAUGCGAGAGGCGCUUAAUGUCGACAGCGUCCUAAACAGCGAUAAUAAUCAAAACUACCCCAACUCUCGCAGACAGAACUUUAAUCAGGACAGCGGAGAGUCGGCAUGGGUCCGACGAGAAGAACGCAAACCCAAGAGCUUAAUGACGAUUUACGAGGACGAGCAGCGGCAGGACAUGGGCAGCAGGAGCUCGCUGGAAUCAGAGGACAGGGUUAAAUCAAGCGUCAGUAACCUCACCAUUCGGACUGAUAACUGGAAAAUCCAGCGCACUGAAUCUGGAUACGAGAGCAGUGAUCGUCUCAGCAGCAGCUCGGCAAACCUGGACUCUCCUGUGGUGGAGAACUUGAGCAACAAAGACAUGCAGUCCAUACCAGAACCAAACCUCUCCAGGGAGCCUAACUACCAAAGGAGGUACGAGGAUUCAAAGGCCGAGAUCUCACCUUCGUCCAUUAUCUACAGUGACCACCAAAAGAAAACACAUGAUCAUUUCAUGAGUCCUGUUAUUCCAAGGAGACAAGCUUUUCGAUACAACCCUGCGAAGGAGAGGAUGGAGAAGACUGAGGUAGAACGAGCUCAUGUGGUAAACGGGAACCCCAUCUCUCCUAAUUUCACCAAGACCAGCAGUUCAGAGUGGAACAGCUCCGAUGAUCCCUUUUCCGAGCAGGAGGAUUCCUCAUCACGAGCUGACGUUCCUCCGGUUCCCUCUCGCGCCGCGGCUCCAUCAGUGCCUCCCAAACCUCUCAUCCUGAGCUCAGAGAACCGGCGACGAGAUCCCCGUCCACCCAGCCCUCGACGUCUUCCUCGAAACGGCUCGGCUCUGUCCCAAACCGUCCUGCAGAAGUGGAUGGAAAACUCGGACACGAGCUCCAAGUCUGGCUCCUCUGAUCAGGAGAGGAACGAUCUGUCUGCGAGUGAGGGUGAGGAGAAGUUCUCCAGCUUUCCCAAACCUGCGGCCGGCUCUGCUGUCAUCCCCAGCACGUACUUCUCCGUGGACAGCUGCAUGACUGACACGUACCGUGCCAAGUACCAUAAAAAGAGACCUGCUCUGUAUGUGAUGGCAGACUCUAGAGCCGGAGAUCACACCUCGUCUGGUGAAAGUGAUUACGGGGAAAGACUGUCACCGGCUCCUUCAGAAACACACAGCAGAGCCACAGCGCUGCCAGUUCAUGCUUCCGGUAAUAAACCCACUGCUAAAUGGAACCCAGUUUCAGUGAAAGGACUGGAUGAACACGGCUUUCUCUGACAGCAGAUCUCACGCUAUCACAGCACUCUGCGUGAGUGAACGCUCAGCGGCCUUCCCCUGAAGAUGUGUGUUUGUGUAGUAUGCAUUCAGACACAGUGCGUGGCAGUAUCCGACUUUACAUUUGCACAUUUUUAAGCCAAAAGAGAACAAUAUUACGUAACUUAAAAGAGAAAAUUCCAAAACACUCCUUUAGGCUUAAGGAUAUUUGAUGUAACUUAAGACUAACAAAACUAACAAAAAAUACGACUGAUUGUCCAAUGACAGUUUGCUCUAAAUAUGAUAAAGUGCUUUAGUUGGUUUGGAGGGAUGUGUUUCUGUUCACUGCUUCUGAUUUUCUCUGUUUUGAUUGUUUGUGGAGAAAGGAGCUGUAUUUUCAGAAGGUGAAGCUGCUAAAUGUGAAACCAUUCCUGUCUUUAGUAAGAACUGCUUUUGAAAAGCAAAAUUAAGCUUAAUGUUUGAUGGCCUUUUUUGUUGGUUUAGGUGUGUGACAAUAUCUCU